AGGGUUUCACAGUAUGCAAGGUGUACGAAAAACCCCAUAGGUGCUGGACACGUUAAACCUCUUCUCUGCCUUGUCAAAAUCCACCGGAAAAUUCUAAUCGCCGGUGAAGUUUCCGUCGGAAAGAAAAGUUGAGCUUUCUGAAGGUGAUGUCUGGCUAAAGCAGGUAACUUAUUGUUUUAUCCUCUCUUUUUUUUUGGCCAAAACAUUGAAUGUAUUAUUUAUGAAGAUAGAGAACUUAUUGUUUUAUUUGACAUAGAAAACCAUGAAGCUGCUAGGACUUGUAAAAUCCUUUCGAGUUUGCCCCUCCAUUCAUGAAGUAAUUGGGCCUUUGCAGAUUCGUGCAUUCCAGCAUGAUUUUGUUCCAAGAGAUCCCAAGGCAAAACCUAAAAGUUACAAAUAUCCACAAGUCUAUGAUCCAUAUGGCCCUAGACCCCCACCUUCUGAUAAGAUUAUUCAACUGGCGGAGCGCAUUGCUGCUUUGGCUCCUGAAGAACGCAGACAAAUUGGUCCUACACUCACUGAGAGGCUAAGGUUUCCCAGGUUACAAUCAAUUUCAACUGAAGGCAUGGACUUGGGUCCACAGGGAGGAGCAGCUGCUGGACCUGCGAAGGUGGAGGAAAAGAAGGAGAAAACAGCCUUUGAUGUGAAGUUGGAGAAAUUUGAUGCUCCUGCGAAAAUCAAGGUUAUCAAAGAAGUUAGGGCAUUUACUAAUCUGGGGUUGAAGGAGGCCAAAGACCUUGUUGAAAAGGUGCCUGUUGUGCUUAAACAAGGGGUCUCCAAGGAGGAAGCAAAUGAUAUAAUAGAGAAGAUAAAAGCUGCUGGAGGAGUUGCAGUUAUGGAGUGAACUUCCUUUACCACAUGUAGCACCACAUUCCUAUUUUGCAGUUCAGGUCACCUAAUUUUUACCUCUUUUUAACUAGUCAAAGGCACCAAAGUGUGGCUUCCUAUUUUUACUAUGAUUGUGAAAAUUUGCUGCAUAUUAUGAUAAGCAACAGAAAAAAAAAAAAAAAAGAGAUUUGUAUUUGGCCGACUGGGAACACAAAGCUGAUAAUUCUGAUGGUCCAUUUUUCCAAGUGUUGGAUCUUGAUCUAGUAUUGUAGUAAUCAUUUAAAGGGAAAAAUUCAUCCUGAAGGGGUAUGUAGUAGGGUAUGAUCAAUUGGUUGUCUCAGACUCAUACUGAGAGUUGAUGAUGUUAUGUUAAGACUUGCAUUGUUGAACUUA